AUGGCCUUGAGCGAGAGCACCCUCGUGCAAUCGCGGUCAGCUGUCGCAAAGAAGGUCGGUGGCGCAGUGUUUCCGGCGACGAUUUUGCGCAGGAAGCUGCAGGACGAAACCGCGGCGACACUCCAAGUUUGGGACGCGCUGUACGUCCUUCUGAACCGAGGAACUUGGAAGGCUCCCCCAGAGGGUCCUCGAGCUUCUGUUGGCGCCGCGCAUGCAGAGCUGCUCUUUUCCCUGCAGGCUGACGAUGCGCGCGAAAACCGGCUCAAUGGGUGUGAGGCUCCCUCCCUCGCCGGCGGGGACGGCUGGAGGGGACCCGGGGAGGAGGGUUUGCGCGCGCGGCAGCCACACGCGUCCUCUGCGUCUCCUCGAGGAGAGUCUCUGAGCGCCGAAGGGCGAAGGAAGGCGGAUGUCGACUGGGAGAAGAUGCUCCUUUUUCUCUCGCGCGUGACUCCUGAGAAGAAGAAGAGCAGCCAAGUGAGUCGCACAGCUGGCGCGCAAGUCGACGAGACGAAACGCGGGGGGCUGGCGCGCGGGAAGAAACUGAGAGCAGGUGCAGCUGGCGCAGAUGUAGAGGGCAGGUUGCCAACAGGCACACUUCAGGUGGGCACAGAUCGGCUCUCGAUGAGGUGCCCGGAUGCUUCGCGCAAGCAGCGGACUCCAGGACCGCGUCUCUCUCGCGGACGCGGUGACACAGCUGAGGCGGUGUCGCGACAGGGGAACGUAGUUCAGGAAAAGGAAGCGGCGUUUGCCAAGGCUUCAGGACAGUCUCAGACGAGAGGUGAUCGAUCGGGACCUCACACACGAUAUGGCGGCCCAAGCGUGGAAGGUAGUGCUUCAGCUCCAGUUCCUUGCACUUCUUCUCUGUCGCCUUCGUCUGCUUCGACCGUCUCUCGCUCCGCCGUUCCUGGCCUCCAAGUUGGCCGCCCGGUCUCUGCGCGCUCAGAACAGAGUGGAGCUGCGUCCGCCUUCGCUCCACAUUCCUCUGGGAGCUGGGAGACUGAGGCGGCGUUUCUCUUGUCUUCGAGUGUCUCUCAAUCUCGUCAGAGCCAAGAGCGAGGAGAGACUUGGUGGCGGGAAGGCGAAAAUCCUCCGUCUUCGUUGCCCGCGUCGUCGGGACCAGACGAGUGGGUGCAGACUCAGGGCGCAUUCUUGGAAAACGGGGAAGCCAACGCGGUGGAAGCCGCCCGCGGUGGCAUCCAAGGAUCGCAGUCAGGUGUACAUACACCGGUCAGAGGCCGCUCCCGAGGCCGAGGCAGAGGAAGGAAACCGACUGGUGGAGGGAGAGGAGCUAAGAGCAAGAAGAUCGAGAGUGUCGACCAGGAACGGAAGCCCGAAGGUCGCAGGGGACGGCGAACGGCGCCUCAGAGCGCCUUGCUGCGAAACGACAAGUGGCCGGACCCAGGCGACGGGGAGGCUUCGGGUGUACGUACACCUCGCGGUGUGCUGCCACCUGCUGGCACAGGCCUCCUCGCGGCUGGUGAAGGAGAUUCGCUGACGGCGUUUUCUGUGCAGGGAGAGAUGGAGGGCGAAGGCGCUGGAUGUCAAGACUACGACGAGAGGUUGGCGGACUUGAUCUUUGCUCCAGAAGGUGGAGAAACGGAGGCAAAACGAGACAAGAGCGAGGGAGAGAAAGGAGACGGAGACGCCGCAGGCGACCUGUUGGAUGACAGGGUCUGGUUUUCCGAAACUGACGGAGAUGGACCGAAGGGAGACGAUCACGGAGAAGGCCAGAGACACCAAAAUACGCAGCAAAGCCAGGAUCUCGACGUCGACGAAGCCUUGAGUCUUCUUUUUCCAGACGAAGUUCAGGAGUCAUCCGCUACUUCGCCGACGCCUCCGGGUGGUGAGCAGUCGCAGGCCUCUCCUGGGUUGCCGGCUGUGUGCACAGGCAUUUUUAAGGAGAAUGACGACUCGUUUUCUCCGGGUCUUGUGAAUCAGACCUUUGAGGUGUCUGCCUUCGCGCCUGCGCGAGUUGUGUCUUCAGGAGAAAGCGCAUCUGUUUCGUCUUUUCCAGCUCCCCAGGAGGCGACCGGGGUGUUGCCGAUAGCCGGAGCAGAGGAGGCGAUUGCAGACGGACAGGGGUCUGAAGAUCACCUCUCUUCUUCCCCGCGUGCUGCCUCAGGAUCCGUCACCACGGACGUUUUUUCUUCGACUCUGGAACCGGCUUUCCCCCUCGCGUCCGACGUCUCUGCAACGCCUUUUGCUUCUCACUCUCCUUCAUUGCUUCUUUCUGAGCCCUCCUCGUUUUCUUCCCUCCCGCCUCCUCCUGCUCCAUGUCCUUCCUUGACUGUUGUUUCUUCUCCUACGUCGUGUACGUCAUCUUCUGUCUCUCCCUCCUCUUCUCUUCCCCCCUCUUCUCCUCCCUCCUCUUCUCCUCCCGCGUCGUCUGCUUCGUCGCUGGCUUCUGCGUUUUCUCAGAGCGCGUCCCCGCCGUCGUCUCUUUCGGCUCGCUGUGAGUCUUGCGACUCCCUGCGGCGGGAGCUUCUCGCCGUGCGCCUGCGGGGAUUUCGCGAGUGGAGUGAGAAGUACAAGACUCUGGAGGCUGCGCUGGAGGAGAAGAUCAGCUUGAUUCACCAGCUAGAGAGGCGCAGUGAAGAGAUGGCGGCGAGUCUGGAGACUGAGAAGGCGCUCCGUGCCGAGGAGCGGAGCAGUCGGAAGCGAAGCGAGGAGACAGCAGCGUCUCUUCGCGCCUGUCUGCGCCGACUCGAAGAAGAGAGAGAGCGACGUCGAGAAGAAGAAGCAGAGCUGCACCAGUUGCUCGUCUGCACUCAGGAGGAGCUCAGACGCGAAAGAGACACUGUGAGCAGGCUCGAGAGACUUGCUCGUCUCGACGCUCAACAGAUUCAAGACCUCUCGUCUCGCCUCGGUCUCCGACCAGCCACGUCCAGCAGAGACGCAAAUCGCACAUACACACAGAGGGAGGAUGCGAGUGAAGAAGACGAGGGAGAAGGCUCGGGUGGAAACGAAGCGCUGGGUGCAGUGGAUGCGCAGAGAGAGGAGGAGUUGGAGAAAGGGCAAAUGCCGUGGGGGGCCAAUGUCUCGCCGCGGACUUCGAGCGCAAGAAGUCUAGACGACGACUUGUUUGGGGAAGAAAGUCCGGAGAAAGAGAGCGAGUUAAUGCAGGAAGGAGCAAACGAGGUGGAAGGAGAGACUAGGGAACAGCUCGCCUCGGCCGUCUCGGGACUUCAGGACGAACCAAACGUCUUCUGCAGCGAAAACAUGGAGGCAGAACGCGAAGAGACUCUUCAGCAGGCAGAAAAAGAAGGGGGAGAAGCCGAGGUGCUUGAGAAGCAGCCGAAGACAGCUGAGGAGACCAAGGAGAGGGGAGAAGCCGCUCCGGAGCGAGCGGAAGAAGAGGUCAGAGGGAGGGAAGGAGAGACAGAGACGCUUCAAGCAGAACAGGAAGGAAAGGAACGGACCGGAGAAGACGAAGCCGAGAGAGGAGAGGAGAAGGAGGAAGGGGAGGAGAAGGAGGCGAGAGACGCGCCGCGCGAAGAGACAUCUUUAGCAAUGGACGACGUCAGCCCAAGAGAAGAGGAGGAAAGGAGAGAGAACGCUGAGCUGCAUCCGACUUCAAGAUCCGACGCGGAAGAGACCGGAGAGGGAGUGUGUGCUGAAGGAGACGCAGAUGACGGAGGAUGUGCAGAGACAGCCGGAAAAGCAACCGUAGAAGGACGGGAUAUUGGUUAUUUGCAGUUGGCAGACUGCAUGCAGAAUGCGACAGCAGACUCCACAAGUCGAUGCAGCACGGCGGCCUCGGAUUCGUCUGUGCUACACGAGGCCAACUUCGUUAUCACUCCCGACACAACGCCUCCUCUUUCUUCUGCUCCUUCUCCUCUUCCUUCUUCUCCUCUUCCUUCUUCUCCUCUUCCUCCUUCUCCCUCGUCUUGUUUCUCGUCUCAGAGGCUUCUAGAGGCGUUGAGGAGACUGCAGAGUCGGAGGGUGAGUCUGUCUCUGCAUCGCGUUCAAGGGCGAUGUUUCGUGAGAAGGAAACGCGGUUCUUUUUUCCUCUCCUCUUCUUCCGGGGGAAAGGUGGACUCGGCCACAGCGAUGCACUUCCUCGAAGAGAGGGGGAAAGCCAUUGUCUUUUCGCUUUUCUCAGCGUUUUUGGGAGAGGAAAGUCGAGCCGAGAUUCGUACAGAUGAGGCUCUCAGACGUCAUUUGCCGGGGAAGGAAGGACUGUCGGAGCCUGUAUGUCUUUUUGGAAGUCGAGGAGAGACAGGGAACGAGGUUGACUCCGGAGCCUGCGUCCAAGCCAUGCAAGCUCGAAAACAUGCAGAAAUACUUGCUCACUUCAGUCGCCUUCUGAAACCUUCUUCACAUCUUUCUUCGCCCGUCCACUUCCUUGCGGCUCUUUACGCUCAAGCCUUCAAGGCCCUCUUGUCUCGAUUUGAAGACGCCGUCUCUCCCUCGCCGCCUGUGUUUGUUCCCUCCCCUUCUCAGUCAACCUUUUCGCCUCCUCCUUCUCUGUCUCGGGGUGCCUCGCCUUCGCUUCUUCGUUCCCUGCAAAGUCUCGUGGCGUUUCUUGGUGCGACGUCGAGAAUCUUUCUGGAAAGCGGGUGCCGCGGCUCGACAGGCGAGAAGAGCAGCACAGAGGAAGCGCGCCGCGACUUUCUGUUGAAGAAGCGCAUGCGCGAGUCUUCCUUGGAUCCUCAGCAGGCGCGGAAGCAGCGGCGAGUGUCUCGCGUUCGUGGACUCCGUCCUACAUGCGACGCGUUUGAAGAUUACUCGAGAACAAACGCGCCAUCUGUCUCCAGCCAGGCGCUCUGGCUCCCGACAGCGGGGAGCAGUCCCCAUUCGCCUUUUGUCGGCCCAUCUGGUUGGGAGCAAAGGCCUUCUUCGUCUCUCUCUCUGUCUGGUCUCCCGUCUUUUGCGCAAGGCCUCUCUACGUUUUCCUCCUCUUCUCCGUGGCAAGACGAGUUGCUGAAGACGCACUUGCGUCUUGAACGCGAGCGCGGGGGGUGGGGAGACAGCGGAGAGCCGCAUGCGCUUACGAAGCCUUCGAAGGGGGGCGCGAAACAGAGGGAUCGAAGAGCGAAUUGCAGCCAGAGAGACGCACGGCGUGGGCGCGGUUCUUUUUCGGCGACUGCGAAGCGAAGAGAGGCUGAAGGAGAGCGACUGAGACCUUCGCUGCUGUCGCAAAAGUCUGCGAAAAAAAGACAGGGUGACGAAGAAUGUGGCGAGCAACGAAGUCACAAAACUUUCUCGCUGUCUGAAUGUGUGACUCUGAGCGAGUUUCUGACCCUCGGCCGAUCAAGGCGCUUCUCUCACGCGAGUCGCUUGCAUGCGCUUUCUUUCAGAACGAAAUCUCACUCUCCAAAUGCAGGGGAGGACGAAGGCGCAGGGGACAAAGAAGCUGGAAGCAUGACAGUCGAGAACGAAGAAACGGAGACCGCCUUCUUCGCGUUUUGCUGGGGAUUUUGCGAGGGAGACGCCGCAGCUGCGAGUGUCUCCACGGCCACAGAGGACAGGGAAGGAGACGUGAGAGAACAACAGACCAAUUCUCCGGAUGGCGAAGGGGGGAGUCUUCGACCUGCGGCUUCUCUGCAGCUUCUCACUCUGUGGCGACGUCUGUCUUGUCUCUCGUUCGGAACUCAAGAGAGUCGAGAGCAGGCAGAAGAGGGUGGCGGCACCGGGGUCACCGGUGCAGACAGUUGUGGUUCCAUGUUUCGAGGAGAAACGAGUUCUCCUCCCUCUUCUUCCGAGUUUGAAGCGAAACACAGAGAACGAAGUCAAACUUCUUCCUUUCGACAUUCCGUUUGCCGGGCUCUUGGACUGCUGGUGGGACUGAAUCAGCCAAAAGCUCUCCGUGCAUGCGCUUCUCUCGGAGUGUAUGGCGUCCACGUAGCUUCCUCGCUUGCGCUUCUGCGAAAGGCUGUCGGCGGCCUUCAGAGUUUCUCGGCCUCCUGCUCCCCUACUCUCCUGCAGCUUCUUCGCGAAGCUGCUGAGCUUCUCGCUUCUUCGUUCGGCGAGAGUAGAAAGCCACCACCGGUCGCGGAAGCCGGAGGCCAGCAGGUGGGGGGAAGAGAAAAGAACGAAGAAAAAGAAGCAGGAAGGGAGACAGGGGAGUUCCUCACAGCCGGACAUGACGACCUCUGUCGCUCACUUCAUGAAGCGGUUAAGAAAGGAAGCGAUGCAGGUCUCCAUCUUUUGCUGGAAGCUUUUCUUGGUUACGUUUUAGGCGACACGAGUGGAGGGGAACAAAACAUGCAUGCGCUUUCGGAGUGCAGGAGAUGUGGAGACGCGUCCGAAGAGAAGAAAAACGAAAGUAUGGCCUUCUCGGCGGAAAAUCUGGAAAACGCUGUCGGCCGCUGCUGGCUGGCGCGCCUCGUCUCCGGGUCGGUGCUCACCUCUCGAAGUCGUGGCGUAGAGGUUUCCAGGAAGAAGGCAAGAACCGACUCUGGCGAGUCUUCCUUUUCUGUUUCAAACUCUUCACUUUCUCCGUCUCCCCUGUCUUUUCUGAAUGGAGGCGGAGACGCGAAGGAAAGCACACAAAAGGCACCCGAAGAAGGCGCUGGAUGCGUCCUCAGUCAUUUCUUCGAGGCUUCGCACGCCCUCAUGGACAGUGAGACAGAAACCUCAUUCUUCUCGCGCAUGCAGUUUUGGAAACAACUUCUGAUGGCUUUUGCUAGCGCGACUGCGGCACAGGCCGAGCCUGUCGAGUUUUCUCGUGAGAAAGUUCGAUUGGCGGAGACAGGUGAGGCGGGGAUCAGUGGGGAGAGAAACCAGACGACGGCGACUUCGCACUUGUCUGAGUCGAUCCAGCAACUCGCGAGACACAUGAGGCUGGCGAUUGUCUUCCGAGACAUGCUCGCGCGUUUCGCGUUGUGCAAAGGGUCGCUGCAGACUUCAGCGGAGACUUUCCGUGAAGCGCCAGCAACAGCCACCCUUCUUUCUCCGCAAGACGAGAAGAUGAUGGCUGAGAGGGCGGAGCGACGUUUCAGAGAAGAGCUGGAGCAGAGACGGCAGGGAGAGCAUCCGAGGUUCGCGGAGGAGGCGAAGGACUUGGAAGCGACGUUGUUUCUCUCAGUCGCGCUCUUCGAGGUUUGGAGGCAGCAGCUGGAACAGGUUUUGGUGGAGGAGAGAGGGGCUCGGGAGAAACAGAACCGAGAUCGAGAACAGGAAGUCAAGUUGUGUGACAGGGACUCGGUUUUUCUCUCCUUGCUGACCGAAGUGCGGUCGGCUGUCCUGCGUCUCGUGGCAGUUUUGCAGGAGAGACGAUAG